UAUAAUGGUAUAAAUCUCCUAAACACAAGGAGAAGAGAGCUGCCCGCAUCCGCGCCGCGCUGUUGAGAGGAGGGAGACGCGAGGAGGAAGAAGCAGGCAAACAAAGCAGAAGCUCCGUCCCAUCCCCGGCAGUCCCCUCCAUCCAAGUGAUUUCAGGUAUCAGCUACCGAGAAACGGAGAAGGUGACCGCACCUCACGCAAUUCGCCCCCGCCCCGCCGUCCUUUCCCUCCUCUAGGGUUGUCUUGUGGGUGCCUCUGCUUCCCACCCUAGGGGCAGGUCCAGGGCCGGUCCUUCUUCUCGCCCCGCCCCCGCUGCUCUCUUCUCUGCUGCUAGAGUUAGGUUAGUGUUCGGCGCUGGGGGGAGGGGCGUCCUCCUCCCUCGCCGUCGCCGCCAAUGCCUCCCGGCGGUAGGCGCGGCGCCAAGCAGCGGCCCAACUGGACCAGGGAACCCCAGCUAGGUGACCUCGUCCUCGCCAAGAUCAAGGGGUACCCGCGUUGGCCAGCUAAGAUCAGCAGGCCCGAGGAAUUUAAUCAUGAGCCAACGCCAAAAAAGUUCUUUGUCUACUUCUAUGGCACCGAUGAGAUUGCUUUUGUACCGCUGGCAGAUCUUGAGGAAUUUACUGAGAAGACAAAGAAUGAUCUGUUAGACCGAGCUCCAAAUAUGAAAGUUAAAAGAAAAUAUGUUCAAGUAUUUAAUGAUGCUGUGGAGCAGAUCUGCAAGGCCUACAAUGAGUUGCCAAAAACAUCUGAAGCUGCAAAUGGAGCAUUGCCUGAUCAGAGUGAAAAGCCUUCAGAGCACCUUGUGAGGUCACAGGAUGUUGGUGAGAUUCCAGGAUUGGGACAAAUGGAAGGUGAUAGCCCUACUGAUUACUCGCAUACUUCAGCGAAAAGGCCAGGGACCGAGGAGGAUGUCAAAGAUGAUGGUCAUGAAAUAUGUGAUCAUUCUUUAGCAGUUUAUCAAAAGAAAACAUCUUUACUAGAGGAUCCUAAGCAUCCCAUGACAAAGAAGUCUGCUGCAUCCAAGUCUUCUCUUGACAUUUACAUGGAACAGGAGCAUUCACCAACAUCUGUCCGUGCUGAAAGGGAGGCUGAAGAGGUGAAAAUUGAAAAAGAGAGCUGUCCCCUAGAUGGUUUUAUUUUGGAACCUAACUUGGAGGUAGUUUGUGCCCUUGAAGUGCCAAAGAAAUCUAAAUCCAACAAGCCGUUGAGGAAUGCUGAAAGGAAGGAAAACAAACGUGCUGGUAUUGGUAGCCCUAUUGAAAGGAUUGUUGCUGAGGCUGCAUCUGAUGUUGUAUUAAACAUGAGUGCUGACAAAGAGAGCAGAGAAUUUAAGAAGUCAAAAAUCAUGACAAAACAAUCACUAACUACUGAUUCAGAGAAAAUGGAUUAUAAUAAAAUUGUGCAUGGCGGGCCUGACGAGCAAUUGACUGGAAAAUCAUCUGCAGGGUUUUCUUCCAAUAAGAAAUCGCUGCCAGAUAGUGGGCAGCACAAGAUGGACAGUAGUGCUGAUACACGUCCGGGAAAAAAGCCAAGGCUUAUGGACAGGGCUGGUGAAACAGAUAAGACAGUUGACAAGAGUGAGAUGAAGUCAAACAUUGAUUAUGGAAAGCAUUAUGCUGUGAAACAUGAGCGGCCUACCUCUAUGGAAACGUGUAAAAACACGAUUCUUAAGACCAGUACCAGCGAUGAUAGGGCACUGAGAUCAGGUGGUGUUGUAUCACCCAUAUCAAGGCUUCAUUCUGAGGUCAUGGAACCAGCAUGUGGUUCUGUGACACUGUCAACUGUUGCUGAUUCUGUUAAAAAGGGUUCCAGCAUGAAGGAGGAUGCCUCACGUGUUGAUAGGCAAUUGGUGAAACCUAAGAGAAGAGCAUGUCGUUUUGAUGAAGAUGAGGAUGAAGGACAGCGAACACCACUUCAUAGAACUUCUGCUAAAUCUCUCUCUACACAUAUAGUCCCAACUGAGAAAGCAGGUAUUCGGGGAAAAUUUUCUUCUCAUGUUGGCAAUGUUUUUGGAAAAAAGUUAGGCCCUGCAAGAGAAGAGAAAUCAAGGAGUGUUAGGAUGUCACCUGUGAAGCAUGAGCCAAUUUUUUCUUCACCGAGUCAGGAUAAAGUGCAUGCUAGACACCAGGUAGUCGAGAAAAGACUGAUCACAGGGUUGGUUGAGACUCCUGCUGUCAUUGGUAACAAAAUGAGCCUGGUUGAUGGCAAAUCCUCUGCUCAAGUAAAAAUGCCGGCAUCCUCUGAGGUGAAGAAACUUCGUAGUAGUUCUUCUAAACCAUCACACCUAACAUCUGGGAACUCCCAUUCCCGAAACUAUCCUGCCCCAGAAAAGAUCCCCUUGCUGCCCCAACCAGAAGAAACAAAGGCUAAAUCUAAGCUAGCUACGUCUGUUGAGCAUAAGGUGGGCACCACUUUGUCAACUGAACAGAGUGGGAAGCGGGAUCACUUGAAAGAGGAAAGAUCCAGUUAUGUUGAUAAAGCAGUUUCUUCUGAACCUAACCCUGGCUCGGCCAAGUCAAUAAAACAUCUUAUUGCAGCUGCCCAAGCAAGGAGGAACCUUAUGGCUUCUGUUCAUGCAAAAUUUGAUGGGUCUUCGACUGAUAAUGCUGAUAUUACGUCCACACCAUAUGGUUUGCCGGGACUAAGCCCUAGUCCUGUUUUCCGCAUUCCAUCCCCACCCAGAAUUGCUUUUCCCGGGAGUCCUGGUCAACGUAUUCUGAAAAGCCCAAUAGAGUUUGACAAUGGUCAUGGAAAGAGUCCCAAAUCUAGGCAGGCCAGCGGUUCACCUAGUGGUGGUACUGAUGCAGCUAUUGCUCGUGAUGCUUUGGAGGGAAUGAUAGAGACUUUAUCGAGGACAAAGGAUAGUAUAGGACGUGCAACACGCCAUGCAAUUGAGUGCUCUAAAUAUGGCAUUGCUGGAGAGAUUGUCGAGCUUCUCAUACAGAAAUUGCAGAGCGAGCCUAAUUUUCAUCGCAGAAUUGACCUCCUUUUUCUUGUAGAUUCCAUAACACAGUGUUCUCAUUCUCAGAGAGGAGUUGCCAGGGCUUCAUAUGUUCCCACUGUUCAAGCGGCAUUGCCUCGUCUUCUCGGUGCUGCUGCUCCACCUGGAGCUGGUGCUCGUGAAAACCGGCGCCAGUGCCUUAAAGUUUUAAGAUUGUGGCUUGAGAGAAAGAUUAUGCCAGAAGACAUACUCCGGAAGUACAUGGGCGACAUUGAGGUGCCAAAUGAUGAUACUAGCACUACUUUAAUGUUGAAGCGACCAUCCCGUGCUGAACGUUCUGUAGACGAUCCUAUUAGGGAGAUGGAUGACAUGCUUGUUGAUGAAUAUGGAAGCAAUGCAACUUUUGAGCUUUCUGGAAUUUUAUCAUCAAAAGUGUUUGAAGAUGAUGAAGACUUCCCUAAAAAUAAUGGGUCAUCACCAUUUGUUUCACAGGCACGGCCUGUUGAAAAUGAUGUCAUACGAAAAACUGAAGAUACUAUUGCUCCAGUAUAUGUUGAGGAACACAUUAUUAUAGUAGAGAAUGUAACUACUGAUGCUGCUAUGGAAGAUGCUUUAGAGUUACCAGGCAACAAACAACAGACUGAUGGAGCUGUCCUUAUUGAACACGACUCUAUUCAAGAUCCAGGUUCAGAGCAGGCAAUUGACCAGAAUGACUUUCCCUCUCUACCCGAUGGCCCUCCACCGCUUCCGUCAGAUUCACCACCACCUCCACCUCCUUUGCCUCCUUCACCACCACCUGUUACACCGCCGCCUCCGCCACCACCUCCACUUUCUCCAGCUUCACCACCUCCGCCACCACCUCCCCCACUGCCAUCUGGACCACCUCCUCAGCCUGCUCCACCACCUCUGGCAACCCAGGUCACACCUCUUCCUUCUAUUCCUCCGCCUGUUCCUUCAUCUCCACCAUCAUUGAGUUAUCAGCCUCCAGCUCCUGAGUACUUUGUGACGGCCAAUGGUGAUCAAUUAACCCAGAUGACAGGAAAUAUAUUGAUUCAAGCUAUUGGAAAUGCAACAACCUUCAUUCCUAGUGGACCAGUUAAUGGACAAGCUGCGGUUAAUUUUGUUACUUCGAUGCAGGCAGAAUAUGGAAACAAUAACAUAUUUAUGGCACCACAAGCUUCUAAUGGUAAUUACCAGUUUCGGCCCACUGGUGUACCUUUUCAGCAAGGGAAUUUCAGUGCCUUUCCAUCUGCACAAACACAUCCAGUUCAACCUCACUCUCACAUGGCACACAUGAAUCCCAUGGGCCAACAAGCUGUACCACCCACGCUCAAUCCUUAUGCUGUGCAGUCAUUUCCAAACAGUCAGAGCCAUUAUCCAUCCGAGGAACAUUGGCGGAUGGCAUCUGGUAACUUCAGCCCAGAUGGCCAGCAUAAUUGGCUAGCCGGUGGCGGAGCAUUACCUUGCUCAGAAGGGCCAUAUGUGCAGGAUGGAUAUUCAAGGUCAAACAUUGACAGAUCUUCAAUUAAUCCUAUGAACCAUCAACAUACUGUUCUGAAUCAUUUGCCGUAUGGAGCACCACUACCAGGCCAUGUUCCGCAGAUGCUACCAGCCAGGUCUGAUGUCCACACUCUUAAUUGCUGGAGGCCCUCUUGAUAGAGUUGUAAACUGAACUUCUUUAUGGUUUUAACGUGGAAAGCUCAGAACACUGGAGGCAAUUUGAAUUGAGUGCAACAAUUCAUGGCUUUGUUAGUCUGUGAGAUGCACUUGCCUCAUUGCCUGGGUGUAACGAUGAGAUCUGCCAUAGUAUAUGGAAUGGACAUUUUACAAUGUAACUAGUCUUGGCAACAGCAUCCAGCAGACUAAUCUCUCUUAGUGUCUGAAGAACGAUAGCCGAACGAUGACAGGGUUUGAUUUGUUGAUGCGUCGUUUUGGUUCUCACCCGAGCCAGUUUUUGAAGUGAAAGCAAUAAUAAUGUUGUUGGUGCACCGCUGAGGUGUUUAGGUUUUACUGCUGGUUUGGUGUUGGGUGAUGGUUCCUAUCAUCUCACUAAACAAGAUUGUUGACUGUACAUCUGGGAGGGAGGUGAUCUGGGAUAUUGAGGUGGGUAUCAUCAUGUGACGGCGAGGCACUUGGUGCCAAAUCGUACUGAAUUUUGUUAUCUGGGUCUCAGUCUGCUGCUUUUGUCCCGCCCGUAUUCGUUUAUUCCCGCAGGGGCAGGGGCAGGACCCUGUUGGCUGGCCAGGCCACAUAUCCUUUUUAGUCCCAAGCAAGUUGGAGAGCCACACAGUAUAUAUUAUAUAAAUAAUAGUGAGACAUAUUUUUUUAUGAGAUUACUUAAAAGCAAAUCA